AUGACAAAAAAAACUUCACCAUUUGUUUUAUACAAAAAUUUUAUCGAUGCUUAUAUGAAAGGUCAUCCUGAUGUAGCCAAAUGUCUUUGUCAUUACAAUGCAUUAGCUGAAUGGAAUCAAAUAAAAACAAAUGAACAAUUAAUUAAAUCAAAUAUUGAAAAAUAUCUUGAAGUAGCAAAAAAUUUAAAUGAAAUUAAAAUUGAAACACAACCAUCGAGUCAAAAUCAAAUUAUACCAACAAGUACACGAAAACGAACAAUAUCAUCUGAUGAUGAAAAAGAAAUAUGUGAUCCAUUAUUUGAUCCGAAUAUUGUUAUUGCAGUUACACCAACAUUUUCUAAGCGUGCAGGUAAACCUGGUUAUUUUGAUGUAGAUGAAUCGAAACCAUGGGUUAUUCGUGGUAUUGAAAAAGCUAAAGCUCGUAUUGAUGCUCAUCAAGCUAAAAUUGAUGCUAAACGUCUUGCGAAACAGAAUAGAGUAAAAGCUCCAGUUCAAGAUGCUAUUGCACAAGAAAUUAAAGAAAUAACUGAACGUAUUGCUAAUUUAAUACAAGUUAAAAAUAUGGGUUUAUCAACGGAAGAAACGAAUUGGACAUUAAAAAAAUUAAUUCGUCAAAAAAAAGAACGUUCCACUGAACUUAGUCUUUUACAAUCUAAACAACGUGCUGGUUUACGUUAUCGUCGAAGACGUAAGAAAGAUAUGGAAUCAUUAUGUAGUGCUGAUCCAGAAGUUGCAACUGAACUUUUAAAACUUUAUAAACCAUCAACAUUAGCUGUAUAUUCAAUUGAUAAUGUUUCGCCAGACUUAUUGCAAACUAUCGAAGAAAUUGCUCGAAUUGGGGGUGUAUCUGAUAACAAUAAUACUAUAAAUCAACCAUGUACAACAUUAGAUGAACUUAGAGAUAAAAUAAAACAACGUAAUUUUGAAAUUCGAAGAUCAUCACAUUAUUAUCGUCUUAUACCUGGUGGUGCUUUUACUGAAGAUGGGAAAAAACAUGUUAUUUCAUCAGCAGUUCGCCUCCGAAGACUUCAGGGUAUCGAACAAACUAAACAUCAAGAUUGUCAUUUCAUAUCUGCUACAUUAAAAUAUGUUAAAGAUUUAGCUGGAACAUUUGGAAAUGAUUGUGUUUUUUAUAUUGUUCAAGAUAAUAAAGCAUCAAUUAGAAUUGGUCGACCUGCAGCUAGAGGACAUUCACCACUUAUUAUGCGUCUUGAUUAUCAAAUGAGUACAGUUAAUUCAAGUCCAAUACCAUCAUCGACUCCCUUUCAACUUAAACCAACAGUAUAUGCAUCAUGUAUUAUUGAUGAACUUGGUGCUGUUACUAAUUCUGGUCCAACAUAUGUUUCAAUUCGAUCAAUGAAACAUGAUCGAACAAAUAUUGAUUGUGAAGAAAAUGAUUUUGAUACUAUUGUUAAAUUAAAAGAAUUUGAGAAAACUGCACGAAAUCAUAUUGGUGAAGUUAAACCAAUUAUAAUUAUGAAUGUUGAUAAUAUUGAUCCAGCAAAUUAUACACGUUUUCCUAAAACUCUUUAUUUAUCAAUAAAAAAAUUUAAAAAAUAUAAUUUAGAUGCAUUUAUACUUAUUACACAAGCACCAGGUCAAUCAAUAUUUAAUAGUGCAGAGCGACGUUUAGCACUUUUAUCGCAUGAUCUUUCAGGUUUAGUUUUACCACAUAAUUAUUUUGGUACACAUUUAAAUAUAAGUGGCUUGACAGUUGAUGCAGAAUUAGAAAAAAUUAAUUUUAAAAAAACCGGUGAAACACUUGCUGAAGUAUGGAAUAUGAAUAUGAUUGAUCGUCAUCAAGUUGUUGCAGAAUUUAUUGAUCCACCAGAAUCAGCUGAUGAUAUGGUUCGUUUUAUUGAUACUCAAUUUACUUUAGAUUGUAUUAUUGAUCAAAUUUGUGAUGAAGAUGAAGAAGUACCACUUCAUCAACGUAUUAAACGUUCACGUCCAGCUUUAUAUCCAAAUUCUAUGACAGAUACAAAACCAAAUCCAAUUUAUGAUAUAGAUGAAUAUUGGUGUGCAACGCAUGUAUUUCAAACGCAAUAUACAAUUCAAAUAAUUCGUUGUACAAAACCAGAAUGUUGUGGUCCAUGGCGUUCAAAUUAUAUUCAAGUUUUUCCUCAUCGAUUUCUUCCACCACCAGUUCCAUUUCAUCGUUCAUCACGUGGUGUUCGAUUAGGUGAAAUUGAAUCAUCAUUUGCUAAUGAAAAACCUAUUUCACCAUAUUAUGGUACUUUAUUUCAACGUAUUCAAUUUCAUGGAAUUGUUGUACGUGGAACACAAACACCUUUACUUCCAUUUGAUGCCUAUUGUCCAUCACUUCAUAAUAAACUUAGUUCUCGUACAUGUUCAAUUUGUAAACAAUAUAUUCCUUAUGCAAUACGUUUACGUAAUCAUUAUCGAGUUCAUCAACAGCGUUAUACAUCAAAAUAUGCCGAUUGUAAUAAUAAUAAAGAAGAAGAAUUUAGUGAUAAUACGGAUCCAAUUGAUCCAAGUGAUUUACCAUUAUCACAAAUAAAUAUUAGUCAUAAUGGAGUUUUUCUUUUUACGGAUAUGAUUGAUUGGUUAAAAUCAGAUUUUGAAGACGAUCCAAUUGUUGAACCUAAAUCAAAAUCAAUAGCUGCAAAUGCUAUGGCAGCGAUACGAAAAGAAAAACAAUUAGUAGCAGAAGCAACAGCUGCUAUUGCUGAUACUUCAUUAUUAGGUGGAAAAUCCAAAAUUGAUUCUGUUGCAACAAUUUCAGUUGAUAAUGCUUUAUCAUCUAAUGAUAAUAUUGAUAUAUCUGAAAUUAAAGUUGAAACUGAAGAUGUAUCUGAUGCAAUUGAACAAUUACAUGUUACUGAUGAUAGAAUUAGUGAUAGUUAUGAUGAUCUUAGUGAUCUUAUUGAUAAAAUUUGA